UCGCGCACUCAUACGUCAACUGCAAUCACGGCUGUAUCUCCAACAUGGCGUCGCUGGGAAGGAGGCGCGGUGUCCCAAUAAGCAGGGAGAGGGGAGUGAUGGCAGCGACAGAAUGCUACAUUGUGCACGAGAUCUACAACGGGGAGAAUGCGCAGGACCAGUUUGAGUACGAGCUGGAGCAGGCACUGGAGGCCCAGUAUAAAUACAUUGUCAUUGAGCCCACGCGCAUCGGAGAUGAAACGGCCCGUUGGAUUACCGUGGGUAACUGCCUGCACAAGACGGCCGUGUUGUCAGGCACUGCUUGCCUCAUGACGCCACUUUCCCUGCCCAUUGAAUACACGCGCUACGUGGCGUUGCCCGCCGGCGCCCUCAGUGUGGCCUGUUCUGCCCUGUACGGCAUCUCAUGGCAAUUUGACCCCUGCUGCAAGUACCAGGUGGAAUACGACAGCCAAAAACUCUCGCGGCUGCCCCUGCAUACGCUCACCUCCUCGACGCCCGUGGUUUUGGUACGCAGGGAUGACGUCCACAGAAAGAGACUCCAUAACACGAUAGCACUGGCCGCCCUGGCGUACUGCGCCAAGAAGAUCUAUGAACUCUAUGCGGUAUGAGCGCACUCUGAACAGGGUUUAAGAAGCAACCGGAAAAAAGGAAAAAACAAACAAAAAAACAGAACCUAUCCAACCCCAGAUGUAAGGAAAGUGGAAGUCCCGAUCACACAUGGUGGGUGCUUCCAUUUUGAACUUUGAUCAGAGGGAUAUAGUUAAAACUAGAAUGAAUUGUUUUUUCCCUUGCGUUUUAUUUUCUUCUAUGUGACAACAGCAGCACACUUAUUUCCUUAGUACCCUUGUGCAUCCUUCCCUGCGCCCUCGACCUGCUAUCCUUGACACACAAGCAAGUGCACAAGGGUACGGCAGCAGUUCCUCCGGAUUGAAUUGUUUUGCAGUUGAAAAGGACCGACAUGUUUUGAGUACCAUGCUCUUUCCCUCGUAGUUUUACUGUACCCCUUCCCUGCUGAUCAGUACACCACCCUUUCAUUAAACAUUAGGUUAUUUCCAACUAACUUUUCUGUAUUUUAUUUUACUUUUUUUUUUUCAUUAAAUGGAUUCUCAACAUUGUCCAGAGAAGAGCAAAUAACUGCAACUUAUUUGAGAUUGUGUCUUGUUCAUGUAGAUAUUCUUGUUUAAAAGAGUGUAAGAAAGAUCUUCUGUGGCUCAAUGUCCUCUUUUGAAUCACUACAUAAAUACUUACUUUUAGAAAACCACACUUCCCACAUGCUUUUAUUAAUGUAUAUUACAUUGACAUUAGGCCAAACAAAAAUAAAUAAAUAUAUUUGACACUAAAGACAGCCAAUUAUAAAUUCAUACUUUCUUGUACAUGUUACCCAAUGCUUGUUAUGAGUUUCUGUUUAGAUUAGACGUUUUAAUUUGGGGUCCCAUGAAGAGAUACAAAUAUGGACUAAGUGAGUUCCGAUAAAAGAAGAGACGUGAAUUAUAAAGUGAAAUUUAAAUGUGAAUAAGUGGAAUGCCAAGAGUGACAGUAUUGUUUUCGGGGUCACUGAUUGGAAGGACAUCAGCAGGAUGAGGACUGUUGACUUUGCCAGCAGGACUUGAGCAAAAUACAACUUGUUCAUAAAGAAUUUCCUAAAUUUUGUG